AUGAUUUUAACUAGAGAAAGUAUUGAUCCAUGUAUAUUGUGUAAUGUUCUUGCUCCGAUCUUUAUAUGUGGAUUUUUCAGUAAUAUUAUAUGUAUAAUAGUUUUUCUCCGGCAACGUUUUCGUACACGUUCAAUAAGUGUAUAUUUUAUUGCGCUAUUUUUUAAUGAUUGUAUACUUUUAUUUAUAUCUCAUGUUGCGAAGAUGCUCAUAUUUGAUGCGUCAAAAUCUUGUUGGUUUAAUAUUUAUUUAUCAAAAUUUAUUGAUAUUAUGCACUACUAUGACUUAAUUGACCACGGAGGUUUAUCAGUACUUACUUAUAAUACAACAUAUACGCAAAUAUCUAUGCUUAUUUUUAUGUUUAUGUCGAUACAACGUGUUCGAACAUUUUCAUCAAUAUCUUAUCGUGAAAGUCGUAUGUGUGCAUUUAUGCUAACAUUAAUUGCAUUUAUAUAUGGAAUCACUGUGUCUUAUAUGCAACUUUAUGAUGGAUUUUGUGUAAAAGAAUUAGAAUUAAAUCAAAAUCAAAAUUUACAAGUUAAUUUAUUAAUUAAUGAUACAAAAGAUGUGAUUGAUGAGCAAUGUUCAAUGAUAACUAUGAAUAAUACAGUAUUCAAUUUAACAGCAGCCAUGUUCCCAUUUAAUACUGUUUCUCAUCAACCUUACCUAAUAUAUCCAAUAGGAAAUGAAUCAUUGAAUAAUAGUACCGAUUCAAUGUGUCAUUCGGACAAAGAUUGGCACCGUAUACGACAUCGGACUGUUGCAUAUGUUUAUCUUCAACCCUACAUGUCGAUUGAUUGGCCUGAUGAAUAUGCUAAUCGUUCUGACUGUGCUUUGGAAGAAAUUUUACCAAAAUAUCUUCUUUCAGCUAUAGAUAAUAUAACACGACCAUUAUUACAAUCACGUCCGGGUAAAGAUUAUUUCCUCGAACAUCAAUUUUGUACUCAAACAUUGCAUUUUAUUGAUACGUACGCUAAUUGUUCAUUUCCUAUAUCAGCUAACACUUUCAAAAAGUUUUAUCAAUUUCUAUAUGAUCGUCGUUUAUCAUUAAAAAAUCGUUAUACAAUUGGUUUUAUCAUUGGUACAUUCAUACCCUCAUCUAUAUGUAUAAUAUCAUCAUUUAUGUGUCUUUAUUAUAUAUCUAAUCAACCGUUAAUACGUAAACAUAGUCAUUCACGUGCUGAACUUCGUUCGUUAUCGCUUAUUUUAGUCGAAAUUUUAUUAAGUUUAAUGAGUGCAUUACAAUCGUAUGUAAUCAAUUUUUUUACAUGCCAUCGUUUACUUUUUCGUAUGCAAUCAGAUAAUUGUUAUGGAGAAUCAAAUCAUAAUAUCCUACCAAUGUUUCUCGGUAGUAUACUUGAAUUAUUUACAUCGACAUCCAACAUUCUUAUUCUUAUGAUUUGUGGAGCACAAUUUCGUAAUGAGCUUAUUGAAAUUCUACAUCUUAAAAAAUUAUUUUCGAAAAGGAAACAAAAACAAACGAAUGACGAACGAAACGGUAGUCGUAAAAAAUCAAGUCUAGCAAUACCUCUGCGUAUUGUAAUAAAAUCUAGAUCAACACAAAGUAAACUGAAUAGAAAAUCUGAUAUUAUUCAUGAUCCAUCCUUAGACUCCCUAAUAGGAGUACCUGGACAACAUACAGAUGAUAUUUGUAUGAUAGAAAAUGAACAACAAUCAGAUGAAACAACUCGCUAUCUGAUUAAAUUGACUACUGUUUAA